AUGGGCGAAACCUUCAAGAAAUCCUUCGUCGCGUUCUCGCUGUGCGUCGCGAUGAGCUCGUGCGAUAUCGCGCGCGCGCGCGAGUUGUUCCCGUCGUCAUCGUCGUCGGACGAUCCGAUCGAACCGUUCACGGUGUUCGGGACGAUUGAGAAGUUGUUCGAGGUGCGGGUGAUGGACGACGCGAACGGCGGGACAAAGAUCAUCGGACGCAAACGAGGAAUUACGGCGAAGGCGUGUACAAAUGUUAUUCCUGCGUCGAGGAUACCGGCGAGAGGGUGGCCGGAGGUGGUGGGAGAGAUUAAGGAAACAAAAGACAUGUUGAGAGCGUGCGCUCCGGCUUGCUCGAAAAGUUGCGGACGCGCAGUGGGAGAGUACGCGAACGCACAAGAGCGCGGUACAGGGUUCGGGUUGCCCAAGGAGGCGAGGCAAAAAGUGCUCAAGUCGUGCACCGUGACUUGCGGGAAGGAUUGUGAGCGAGCGGGUAAAAGUUACAGUUACGAGAUACCGUUUCGAUUUUAG